GCGGAGCGCGGGGCGCCAGUGGCGGGUCCAGCUGCCGCCGACCAUGCCCGAGCCCACCUCCGGGCAGCCGCCACGCGCCGCCCAGGCCCCGGCCGGGGAGGAUGCUAGACGCCCGGGAGAAGCCAGGGCAGCGGCGGCGGCGGCGGCGCGAUGGUGGUGACAAGCUCUGCCCGAGGCGGCGGCGGGGACCGCGCGCCCUCCCGGCGGCGGGGCUGCGGACUCGCGCCGGCCGGGGCCGCGGCGCUACUGGCCGGGGCGAGCUGCCUGUGCUACGGCCGCUCCCUGCAGGGCGAGUUCGUGCACGACGAUGUGUGGGCGAUCGUCAACAACCCCGACGUGCGGCCCGGCGCCCCGCUGCGCUGGGGCAUCUUCUCCAACGACUUCUGGGGCAAGGGCAUGGCCGAGAACACCAGCCACAAGUCCUAUCGGCCGCUGUGCGUCCUCACCUUCAAGUUAAACAUCUUUUUGACUGGCAUGAACCCAUUCUACUUCCAUGCAGUAAAUGUCAUUUUACACUGCCUAGUGACUCUCAUGCUGAUGUACACCUGUGACAAAACUGUCUUCAAAAAUCGUGGGCUAGCUUUUGUUACGGCGUUGCUUUUUGCUGUGCAUCCUGUUCACACUGAGGCGGUGGCUGGGAUUGUUGGCAGAGCAGACGUGUUGGCGUGCCUGCUGUUUCUGUUGGCCUUUCUCUCCUACAAUAGGAGUGUGGACCAGUGUUGUGCUGGGGAAUGUUUCCCUCCCACGGCUUCUCCCUUCUUCCUGCUGCUCAGUCUGUUUCUGGGGACCUGCGCGAUGUUGGUGAAGGAGACUGGCAUCACGGUGUUUGGAGUGUGCUUGGUUUACGAUCUCUUUUCCCUGUCCCACAAUCAUGAUAAAUCGAGCAACGGGGUCAUCCAUCAGCACAGCCUGCAGCAGCCCGGGAGCUCCUCACCCUCCGCACCGCCAGUGCACCUUCUCCGGGAGAACGGGAAGCAGCAGAGGUUCCCUCACAAAGGAGCUUGGGGUGGCUGCCAUGCCCCAUUGCCACCAGAACCCAAGAGCAGUGGAUUCCCUGUGUCUCCUCGAGCUGUGUGGUCCUUGAUGAGGUAUCUGACAGCAAGCAGCAAUAGAAAUUUCCUGCUUACCAUGAGGCCAUUCUUAAAAAGAGCCAUCCUGGUCAUUAGUUAUGUAAUUGUUGUUCUGUACUUCCGCCUGUGGAUAAUGGGAGGAUCUAUGCCCCUCUUCUCAGAGCAGGAUAAUCCGGCUUCAUUUUCGCCUUACAUUCUUACAAGAUUCCUUACCUAUUCCUACCUCUUGGCCUUCAACAUGUGGCUUCUGCUUGCACCUGUUACCCUCUGCUAUGACUGGCAGGUGGGCAGUAUUCCUCUGGUAGAGACCAUAUGGGACACGCGGAACUUAGCCACCAUCCUUCUGGCCAUUGUGAUGGCCUUAUUGAGCCUUCAUUGUUUAGCAGCCUUCAAGAGACUGGAGCACAGGGAAGUUUUGAUGGGCUUGUUGUUCCUGGUUUUCCCGUUCAUCCCAGCCAGCAACCUCUUCUUCAGGGUGGGUUUCGUGGUGGCUGAGAGAGUCCUUUACAUGCCCAGCAUGGGCUACUGCAUCCUUUUCGUGCACGGACUGAGCAAGCUCUGCACGUGGCUGAAUCGCUGUGGGGCCACCACCCUGAGUGUGUCCACCGUACUGCUGCUCUUGCUUUUCUCUUGGAAAACCGUGAAACAGAAUGAAAUCUGGCUGUCGAGAGAGUCCCUAUUCAGGUCUGGCGUUCAAACUCUGCCCCACAAUGCCAAGGUUCACUACAACUACGCCAAUUUCCUGAAGGACCAGGGUCGGAACAAGGAAGCCAUCUACCACUACAGAACGGCCCUCAAGUUGUAUCCACGCCAUGCAAGUGCCCUGAACAACCUUGGAACACUGACCAGAGACACAGCAGAGGCAAAGCUGUACUAUCAGAGGGCCCUCCAGCUAAAUCCACAGCAUAACCGGGCUCUUUUCAACCUUGGGAAUCUCCUCAAGUCUCAAGAGAAAAAGGAAGAGGCUAUCACCUUACUGAAGGAUUCCAUUAAAUAUGGUCCAGAGUUUGCAGAUGCAUAUUCAAGUUUAGCAUCAUUGUUGGCUGAGCAGGAGAGAUUUAAGGAAGCUGAGGAAAUAUACCAGGCUGGAAUAAAGAACUGCCCAGACAGCUCAGACUUACACAACAACUAUGGAGUUUUCUUAGUUGACACGGGCUCUCCAGAGAAGGCAGUGACCCAUUACCAACAGGCCAUCAAACUUAGCCCAAGCCAUCACGUGGCCAUGGUGAACCUGGGGAGACUGUACAGAUCACUGGGGGACAACACUGUGGCUGAAGAAUGGUACAAACGUGCCCUGCAGGUGGCACGCAAAGCUGAGAUAUUAUCACCAUUGGGAGCUCUGUAUUACAACACCGGCAGAUACGAAGAGGCUUUGCACAUUUACCGGGAAGCCGUGGCACUUCAGCCUUCCCAAAGGGAACUCCGCCUGGCACUGGCUCAGGUUUUGGCCGUGAUGGGUCAGACAAAAGAAGCUGAAAAGAUUACCAAUCAUAUCGUGUCUGAGGAGACUGGAUGUCUUGAAUGCUAUCGCCUGUUGUCGGCCAUCCACAGCAAGCAGGAGCAGCAUGAUAAGGCACUUGAUGCUAUAGACAAGGCUCUCAAGCUGAAACCAAAGGACCCAAAAGUUAUAUCUGAACUUUUUUUCACUAAAGGAAACCAACUAAGAGAGCAGAAUCUUCUCGACAAAGCUUUCGAGAGCUAUAAAGCAGCCGUGGAGUUAAAUCCAGAUCAAGCACAGGCCUGGAUGAACAUGGGCGGAAUCCAGCACAUCAAGGGAAACUACGUGUCUGCAAGAGCUUAUUACGAGAGAGCCCUUCAGCUGGUUCCAGACAGCAAACUGCUGCAGGAAAAUCUCGCCAAAUUGGACCGACUAGAAAAAAGAUUGCAAGAAGUUCAGGAAAAGGAUCAAAUGUAGCAGCCUUUGACCCAGUCUCAAGGGACAGUGCUGGUGCCUUUGGAAGAGGAAGAAGGGAUGGCAGCCUUGCUUUCACACCAGUUGGGUCACAACCAAUGCAGCUUUCCUCUUGCUCCAAGUUCAGGGUGGCCCACUGUGGGACACCUGCUGGUCCCCCUGUGCCCAGGACUUGCAUUUCCAUGAAAGAAGAUGAAGCGAGCAAGCGAGGGCCAGGAGGCCCGAGAGGGAAGGAAAACAGCAACUACACAUUUUACAGAUUUCUGUUUGGUUUAAUUCCAGAUUCCAAAUUCAUAUAUUUGUCUGCUUUUCCAACCUAGAAAUCCAUGUCUUAGUGCAGACAUUUGUGUCCCAGAAAUAGAGGCUUGAAAUGCUAUGAAGUCAAAAGAGGAGAUAUUUCAAGGAAGAUAAAUCCUCUGGGAUAAACCAAGUGGGAAACUCUAUCAAGAGGUAGCUCCUUUAAUUCUCCAAAACCAGAAAUAAGUAUCUAAUAGUUUUUGUAGAACCUUCUGGAAUAUAUGGGGGAAAAGGGCUAUUGUUAAGUGAGCUUUAUCUGAUAUCCUUCUGAGAAUAUUGCUAGAGACCUAUUGAGAAGUAAAUUAAAUUCCUCUCUGAUAUAAGCUGUUUUCCCAUUGCCUAAUGUAUCAAAAAGGAAGCUUCUGGAAUUGUGUAUGGGUAGUCUUAUUCCUAGGGGGGAAGUCAAGGAUCAUAGUACCCCUGAGUCUUUAUGGAGAUGGUUUAAAUUAUUUUAACUUUAUUACAAGUAUUAAUAGAGUAGUGGUUCUGCUCUAAGAUUUCAUAAGUGCUUUUAAAAAAUCAUAAGUGUUUCUGCCUCCAAAUAUAUUGUUAUUUUGGUGGGAAAAAAAUAGUAUAUUCUACAUGAGAAAUAUUAAAGGUAUUAAUCGAGAGAAAUGUUCUACUUUAUUAUCUUAACAUUCAGAUGUUCUGAGAUUAUUAUUUUUAAAAAAUAUAUUUAACCAUUGAGGAAUCUUUACAGUAUAUUACAGAGAUCUUCAUAGAGUCUAAAUAGAUGGAAAGGAGCCCUAUUGAUUCCUAGUCUUAAUGAGAAUUCUGUGCUUAAAAUAUGAGUGCUAGAACCGGAGUUCUUAAUUCUGUGUUUGUAAUUUUGGAGAUUUCAUGGAGAAUGCUCAAAAAAAUCUAAGAAAAAAAGACCUAUAAUUAUAAUUUAAAUAUAUAUAUAUAUAUAUUUAUAUUUAAAAGAUAGAAAUGGCAAAGUUGACCUUACAAUUUGACAUUUGUCUUUCAGUGUUAUUUAUUUCAUAACUUAUAAAAUAUUUAAUAUAUACAUACAUUUUUUUCUCUGUACAUAGUGGUUUUCAUAGCAGCUUCCACAACUGAUCAUACAAAAAUUAUAAAACAAAAUUACAAAGUAGUUAAGUUUUAACAGCCCCUCCAGAAAGUCUGUAUUGAUUAUUAACUUGUUAAAGCCAAACAAAUUCGGGAUCAGCCGCCAGUGUCCGUGUGGUAAUAUAUUUUGUAAUUGGAGAGUUCCCGUCAUGGCGCGGUGAAAACAAAUCUAACUAGGAACCAUGAGGUGGUGGGUUCGAUCCCUG